AUGUGGCGCUGGGGCGGACGAGUUUGGGCACCACGGUUUGGCUUUAAUCCCGGUUCGGUUCUCAAGGAACCAUCCGGCAUUUCUGCGCAUGAUGGUAGGCGCCCGGACGAAUGCACACUAAUACCUUGGAGAGCCGGUAGAUGUUUGGCGUGGGAUGUUACGGUCCCUGGCACCCAUGCCGAACGAUAUGUAAACCUGACAAGUAAAGAAUGCGGUUUGGUCGCGGCCAGGGCAGCGGACGAGAAAAUGAAAAAAUAUGGGAACGCCCUCCCCUCGAUGGAAUUCUUGCCAAUAUGUAUGGAGGUUCUCGGCCCGAUGGACCCCAACACCCUUAAAUCAUUUAAUCCAUUUGUUACUUGA